GUCCAGUGCUUCGCAGGGCCAUGCAUGCAUAUUAACACUAAGGAUGACAGGUACCCGGACUGCCCAGGUUUAUCACAAGAGGAUGAGCCCAUCGAAGCCAUUCCUUAUGCCAAGGAAACCAGCUGCGAAUCCAGCACAUUCAGCCAACAAAUCAACUUCACAUAUUGCCCAUCUCUAGACCAAAUCAGAUGUACCCCUGGUCAUACCCACUGCUUUCCUCGUCAUUUGGCCUGUAUUCACGAUAAAGUGCAACAGAAAGCGUUAAAUGAUUGUAGACAUUUUGAGCAUCUUCAACAGUGCCAGACGUAUGAAUGCCCCAGUAUGUUUAAAUGUCCGAACACAUACUGCAUUCCAUUGCGCCAGGUCUGCGACGGGGAAAAAGAUUGUCCUCGCGGGGAAGACGAGGAUAAUGCAAGAUGCACCAAUUAUACGUGUCCAGGACAUUUUCGGUGUAGAGGAGAACGCCAGUGUGUGCACCAGAGUGAAGUUUGCAAUGGUGUAGUGAAUUGUAAACACUCGAAUGACGACGAAGCUUUCUGUGACAUAAAUGCAACCUUAUCCAAUGGUUGCAAGCACAAAGGAUACUUUUUGGACUGCACGGGGAAAAGAUUAAGUUCCAUACCUAAGUAUUCUCCUGAUAUUAGGGGGCUGGAUUUUGCCAGAAACAAUUUGUCUCUUUGGAGUAAAGCGUUUAAAGGAUACUUUUUAUUAGUGAGACUCGAUAUCAGUUUCAACAAUUUGAAAACGAUUCCGCCUAGGGUAUUCUUACACUUAAGAAAUGUUUUAUAUCUAGAUCUUUCGUACAAUCGGAUAGCAGCUUUUGCUUCCGAUGUCUUUACUGGAAUGAUCAACCUUCAACACUUGAUUCUUGAAGGAAACUCUCUGCAAAUGAUUGAACCCGGUGCAUUUGAAGGCUUAGGAAGCUUAAGGAUUUUGAACCUCAGCUUCUUUAAUAUCAACGUUUUGUCAAGAGAUACUUUCAGAGGCUUGGAAUCUCUUUCUGUUCUUAACAUAAGCCAUAAUGCAUUAUCGUCCGUGGCAGACGGUGCAUUCAGGGGACUGCCAAGACUUAAGGUUUUAGAUAUAUCAGGUAACAAGGACGCUCUGGUAGAACCUGAGGCAUUUGUAGAGCUUAGCGCAGAGACACUGAAGUCCGAUCAAUUUGGUAUUUGUUGCCUGGCUCAGCGGAAGGGUAAUGUUGGCGUUUGCUUUCCCCCAAAAGACGAGUUCUCCUCCUGCUCUGACCUGUUGCAAAAUCAAUUUCUGCAGGUGUCCAUCUGGGUUAUGGGAAUUUUAGCAUGCUUGGGUAAUGCAGUCGUGCUCAUAUAUUGGCUAAGAUAUAGAGACUCUGCUGCCUCUAGUAUAUUGGUCAUGAAUCUUGCCUUGUCGGACCUCUUGAUGGGGGUUUACCUUGUCAUUAUAGCCGCAGCCGACACUAGCUACCGUGGUUUUUACGCCUCUCAAGCCACCAAAUGGAUGUCUAGUGGUCUGUGUAAAUUUGCAGGAUUUCUGUCCAUGGUUUCCAGUGAAAUGUCUGUGGUGAUCUUAGUUUUGAUCACGACAGAUAGACUGGUGUCUAUUGUAUAUGCCAUGAAGAUUCAAAAGAUGGACACGAAGGCGAGCUUAUUGAUGACUGGUCUCAGUUGGGUCGUAGUUGUUAUGGUAAGUACAGUCCCUCUUAUUGAAGUCGGUUACUUCAAAGAUUUUUACGGACAUAACUCGGUCUGUUUGCCGUUCACGUUGAGCAGGGUUGAGUUCGGGGGCAGGGAAUACGCCUACGUAAUAUUCGUAUUUUUCAAUUUUACUGCCUUUCUUUUCAUCUCUUCUGCCUAUGUUGCCAUUCUGAGACAUGUCUAUCAAUCGAGGAAGCAAUCUGGGAGAGAAGAGACACAUAGGGAUGUGCAGUUAUUAAAAAGGGUCUCUCUGAUUUUGAUAACCGACUUUUUGUGCUGGGUCCCAGUUACGGUGCUUGGGAUUUUGAGCAUGGCAGGCGUCCCAAUUAAUCCUGAGGUCUCAAGUUGGGUCGCAGUCUUUAUCUUACCUGUCAACUCCGCCAUGAACCCGAUAUUAUACACUCUUGCCAAUAUCAAGAUAUGUGGGAAACUAAAGAAGAAAAAACGAGAAACCCAGAUACAAACCAGGAACACAUGCUUGUGAGAACACUAUGCGAGUCAUUCCGAAGAAUAUGCUCACCUGAUUCACUUGAUAAUAUAUACCAUCUUUCCGGACUGUAGCCUCGAUUGUGAUACGAUAACGCACAGUGAAUGCCUAUCCCGGGAAGUUGAUUUGGGUUUGCUGAAAUCAUAAUGGAAAAAGGAAUCACAAUUCAUCAGCCAUCAUGUACGAUACAUGGUGUAUCAAGUGAGCAGAUUCAGCAAUUAAAUUUAUUUUCACGAAUGAACAUCCCCCCCCCCCCCAAAAAAAAAAAAAAAAAA